AACGGUGUGAGCGACAAACAAGUCGCAAAUGCCGUCAUUUCUUGGAUGAACGACACCGCCAAAGUCACCAAAUUCCUCAACACUGCCACCUCCUUCACUGGAGACGAAUUUACUCGCCAGGCCACAAUUGCACUUAAUGCCGAAAUCGACGAACUCAACCAUAAAACCAUCCUCGACACCGCUUUUGGCCAAAUGGCCAUGAUCCAGGCUGCUAAUGACACGCUUGCUACUCAAGGGACUUUUCAAGCUGUGGUCGAUACGCUACAGUCUAUGGUUGACAGUGGUCCCGACACCGCUCAAGCUCAGGUCGACGUCAUCAACAAGAACCGAUGCGUGAAUGUUCUACCUAAUAUCGACAUGUACUUUGCUGCCGCCGGAUCCGCGUCAAUACAGGCUGUGCGUCCAACUGGAUGCUUAGAGAUU